UUGCUCAGUGAAUUCUACUCUAUCUAUUAGGCUAUGGACAUUUUCAGCCCGGACCACCCCUUUAAAUACUCUAGGUCUAUAUUAAUUUGACCUGCAGGGUUUUUCAGCUCUGCUUAAUUACUGUCAGCGUAGCGGGCUUUGCAGAUUCGGAAAGGAAUAUGGACUGAACGUAGAUGCCAAGACACUUUGAAGCUCACGAUGUCAUGAUGGCAUACAUUGACGAAGACGACGAUUGGCCCGCUAUCGUUGUCGACAUUGGUUCGGGACACGUUAAGUAUGGGUUUGCAGGCGAUGACGAGCCAAAAGUGAUUAUUCCUUCUGCAGUGGGCCGAUAUUUAGAUCAGAGCGAGUCGAAGAUGAGUGGUUAUGACGACGACGAUGAUGACGGUCCAGACGCACUGGUGGUCGACAACGGGACUGGUGUUAUGCAGGCAGGAUUCGCCGGGGACAAGACAUGCCGAGCUGUUCUACCAUCAAGAGUCGGGAGAUAUAAAAAGUCUUAUUCUGGUGUGAGAACAGGCGAAACCUUUAUCGGAGACGCGAUUUACAAACGCCGGGAAGCCCUUAGUCUCAACUACCCUAUCGAACACGGCAUCGUCAGGGACUGGGAUGAUAUGGAAAAGAUCUGGCAUUAUCUUUUCGACGUUGAUCUCAGGGUUGACACCGCCGAGCAUCCAGUGUUGAUGACAGAGCCCCCAAGAAAUCCAAUGUAUAACAGACAGAAGAUGGCACAGAUAAUGUUUGAGACGUUUCAGAUACCUGCAUUUUACGUUGCCAACCCCGCACUGCUAUCUCUCUACGCUAGCGGUCGUGUCAGUGGUUUUGUGAUCGAGACUGGCGCGGGAGUGACGCAGACCUUGGCGGUGUAUGAAGGGUACUGCAUGAAAGAAGCGACGCAUCGGACCGGGUUAGCAGGCAGAGAGAUGACGAAUUAUCUCAUGAGAUUACUUAACAAGAGGGGAUACUCUUUCUCGACAAGUGCUGAGCGGGAAAUCGUGAGAGAAAUCAAGGAAAGGUGCUGUUACGUGGCGGAAGACUUUGAGAGGGAAAUGUCAACCAACCAGAAAAGAACCGAGAAUUAUCAACUACCCGACGGCCAAGAGAUCGAACUCGGCAAGGAAACAUUUCAGUGCAUGGAAGCCAUGUUCAAACCGACAAUGCUCAACCCGGAUGGUGGUGCAAAAUGUGCAAAAUCGACUUACAGAUCCGGAAUAACUGAUAUUGCGCAUUGUGGUUUGCAACGCUGUGACCCGGAUACCCGGAGGACACUAUAUGAGAAUGUGAUUAUAACCGGCGGGAACUCGAUGCACAGGGGGUUCGGUGAGCGCGUGAAACGGGAACUUGUGAACCGGGGUGUCCCGCGGGAAACGUUGAAAGUGAUCUGCCCUCCCGAACGACGGAAGUCGGUUUGGAUCGGUGGUUCAAUCCUCGCCUCAUUAUCUAAUUAUAGAGGAAUGUGGAUUACGAAAAAGGAUUAUCAGGAAUAUGGACCAACAGUUGUCUACAACAAUUCUUUCAGAAUAUUUGAUCCAGAGAAAGGUUAGCCUAAUGAUUUAUUUAAUUCUGUUUCGGUUGCAGCUUCAAUCUUGUUUUGGUCUCACUUCUACCCUUCUCUUCUAGACCCACCUUUCUUACAUUAUACAAAAACAUAGGCCUAUUUAUUGCUUUGGCUUAAAUUGAAAGAGAAUGUCAUUUUCCAACAUAGUUGAAUGAAAAAUGUGACUUAUUUAAUAAUGAAACAGAAUUUCAAGGAAAUAAAAGAUUUUCCUACAUAUAUUUUCAUAAUUUAGAAGUAAAAUCAUAUUUUGUUUAUAUUGUAAAUGAAUACUGGCUAAUUUUGAUGAACGUACCAAGAUAUCAUUUUUUUUACUUACCACCCCAAAGAGGUGGAUUUACAGUCUUAAUGGUCACUUAACAAAAUAAAGAAACGGCCAUAAUUUUCUUAUUCCUUUCAGAAUUGCCUUUCUUAUUUUUCUCUUGAUCACAGAAAUUCAAGAUGAGAUUCUGUUUUUAAAUUGUGUUCCAGAUAAUUCAAAUUAUUAUUAUCAUUGUGCCAAAUAUCUUAUUAUAUUGAUGGAAGAGGCAGUUGGAUAU